CCAAAAACAAACUUCAAUUAUGGCUUUUAACGAACUUUUAAAAGAAUGCGGCGAUUUUGGAUUCUACCAAAAAGUUGUGAAUUUUGGAUUUCUAAUCUUAGUUAUGCUUAUAGUUGCUUGCGCUUACUGGGCUCAGAUUUUUAUGCUGAUUAUCCCACCUCACCGUUGUAAAUUAUCACCAUUGGAUAAUGAAUGGCUCAUUGGAAACGAUUCAAGUUUUUUGGCCAAUGGAAGUAAAUGUUUCCUUUACGUAAGCAAUAGCAGUAAUGAAACCCACACCGGGUGUGAAUAUGGAAUGGUUUAUGACUUUUCGGAGAAUUUUCCAACUUUUGCAUCACAGAACGACUGGGUGUGUGAAGAUUCCUGGCGGAUGUACUUAGUUCAUACGUGUUAUUUUUGUGGUGGCUUAGCAAGCGCAGUCUCUUUUGGAAUAAUCAGUGACAAAUACGGUCGCAAAAGAGCGGUGUUGCUGGCUUUCCUCAUCGGCCUGACAUCGGACAUAUGCACGUUCUUUUGCACAAGUCAGUUGUCUUUCAUUGCUGCUAGAUUCGGCUCUGGACUGGGUUAUGGAAAUAUCGUAGUCACUUCUUUCGUUCUUGCUAUUGAGUACACUGGUCCUAAAUGGCGAUCUACCAGUUUAUUUACCAUUGGAUUUUCGUACGCCAUCUUUGCUGCUUUGUUUCCUUGGCUAGCUUACGUGCUGUACGAUUGGAAAUACAUUCUCAUGGUUACAUGGAUUCCAACGAUUGGAGCUUUUGGUUUUUAUUUUUUCCUUUCAGAGUCAGCUAGUUGGCUAAUAUCCAUAGGCAGAGUUGACGACGCAGUGAAUAGUGUGGAACGAAUAGCUAGAAUUAAUGGCAAGACACUAAGCAAAAAAUACAUUAAAGCCAAACUGCUAGAAAAGGAGAGCACAGAACAGUCAAAAUAUGAUGGAUCAUUAAAAAGAUUCGAUUCGCUGAGUAAUGGAAAGGAGACAACGGACACUUUAGAAGAAAUUUCCUUCUUAGAAGCUCUUACAGUUAUUUUAAAAUCACCUAGUUUUCGCAAAAAGAUGUUCAGUUUUAUGGUUAUUUGGAUGACUGUAGCUGCAUGCUACAAUGGAAUCAACCUGCAGUCCAGCAAUUUACCAUUUAGUUUAUACAUAACAUUUAGUCUCGGAGCUCUCAUAGAAGUUCCAGGAAAUGUGUUCUGUAUUUUAACUAUCGAUAGGUUUGGAAGGAGAUGGACAAAUGCCGGAGUUUUAGUUUCUGGAGGGAUUUUAGGAAUCGCCACCAUGACUACCAGCUCUGCUACCUUAAUUAUGAUCUUCGCUUUAAUAAUGAGAUGCUGCUACUCUACAGCGUUUGACAUAACGUUUACUUUUGUGAGUGAAUCAUUUCCAACAGUUAUUCGAGGACGCGCUCUAGCUGUUAUCAGAGCUCUUGGAUUUACGGGUAGCCUCUUGGCGCCUUUCAUUGUACAAUUGUCAGAAAAGGAAGUUUUGUUGCCUCUCCUAAUUUUUGGAAUUAUGUCAUUUACUGCUGGAAUUUUAACGUUAUUUCUACCAGAAACUGCAAACCAGCACCUUCCGAACACUUUAGAAGAGGGAGAAAACUUUGGCAAAGACCAACCAUUUUGGUUUUGUCCGAACAAAAAGAAAUCUCGAAAUAAAGACCUGUUCACUAAUUUGCAACCUUCUUUGGAAACUGGAAAGGAGAAAAGUGUCAGCUGUCCUGCAUCUAACAACCAAGAAAAGUUUUGAUAUGUUAAUUCUCAACUUAGUGAAUUGAGCUCCCUUACCUAAAUGUGUCACUCAUUUCUCAACUUUGUGAUUAAGUCUAAGUUUCGGAUUUUUACUUCUCUCUUAUAAC